CAUCAUACACAACCGGCGCAAAUUGGACUAUGUCUCUCCCGGUGACGAUCAAUCUGCCCAAGUAAUGCUUCCCAUUGUCUUGGUAUUCUUCCAUCCGUUAAGAAAGAACGAAGUAAAAUUCUUGGAACUCGUUGAAGUUGAUAUUCUUGGAAUUGUCAGAUUAACUUGGAAUUCUUUUUUAAUCAAGAACUUGUAGUUACAUUGCUAUUCUUAAAUUCAUAUUUUUUUUUAAGGAAAUCAAAGAAAUUGUAGUUUUCAUACGCUACCGGCGCAUCUUAGAGUACUCCACCGGAUUGCUGCUCUUAACUGUCCCGGUGACGAUGUCCGAUCAAAACCCUAAACCCUAAAUCAAUUAUCUUGGUAUUCUACUGCUCUUCCCAUUAUCUUGGUAUUUAAUAUUGUCAGAUUUUCUUGCAAUUCUUGCGUGCAUUCUCUUUAAGAAAUAUUACCCUUUCAAAUUUUCAGUACUCUCUAUGAUUUUACUAGGUAUUGAAUGGAAAGACGUUGAGUUGUUCUUGAAGGCCCCACUCGCACAACUCUAAAAAGAUUUAAGUAUUGUAAUUUGUAGUAUUUUGAAUGAAGUCGCCCCACUCAAUUGGACAAACUUUUGUAAACGCCCUCACUGACAAUUUUCCUUUACAUGGUCUAGACUCUAGACCUUUUUUCUGUUGUUGAUAAAGCACAUGGUCUAGACUUUCUGACUUUGAUUGCUUCAUAAAAAUGGAAAAUAGUGCCAUGUAAGAGAAUGGAGAAUUAUAUGGUUCAUCUUUUCUGAUUUUGUUAAUGUUUUCACUUGAGGAUCAAUAGAGGUGGGCUGCUGAAAACAUCAUAGUUAAGUGACUAACGAUGGCAAGUCGUGCUUUCAUGCAGUUUUAAUCAUUUAGACUAAUUGCACCUGCAAAUUUGUGUGUUGCUUGCACAAAAGGCAGUGACCGGUGAGGCUCUUCAAUGAGUUCUUAUGUUCCUUUGUUUGCUACUUCUGAUGACGAGGGCAUAUGCUUUAUACAAAAAUUGAUAUUAUUUUUUCUCCUCUUAGUAUGAUGCUCCAUUCUAGAAUCAUCAUUUUUUUCCAAAUGGAUAUUCUUAUAUCACAAUUCUAUUUUCUUUUCCAUGAGAUUUACUUCCUUAUAGGACUGUUCUUUUUAUGUUUGUUAUUCCACUUUCCACCUGGUAUCUGUUGUUAUAGGCAUUGGGACCUGCUAUUUUAAGGUGGAUGACAAUGGUAAGUAUUAGUUUCUUUGACAUUGAUCUAAUGCACUUUGAUGUGCAGAAAGUUCUGCUCAAUUUAUUAUUUUACUUCAUCACCUGAAGUUGUACUUUCUUUUGAAGGAUAUGGUAUCUCACGAGAUGGACUGGUGCUGAUGGGAGAAAGAUAUGCGGCAUCAAAAUACUGCUAUUCAGGCGAUAUGCAUGCUUUCCCAGCAAGCUUUGGCCUAAAAGGAGAGGCUCUGAGCUCUACUUCUGACGUUUCUUUGUUCGAAAUUGUUACUAAAACUCAUGGGAGGCCAAUUGGAUAUUGUAAGCUUUUGAAGCGGAAGUGUUUGCACCUUGGAAUUGAUGAUUGUAGACAAGAUGUUGGUACAACAGUCAUUGUUCGUGAAGUAUUUUACAACCAACCAGUUCGUAUGAAGCAAAUGCACUCCAAUGAGGAUGACCUGUUUUGCACAAGUGCUUCUCCUUCUCCAUUGCUGCUAUUGUCCUGUGGGUUUGGCAUUCAUUUGAGUUCCCUUAACAAAUUGAAUGCAAGUGAUGGUUCAUUCAAGCUCUCAGGUCCUGAUGUUUACACAGUGAAGAUACCAGUUCAAGAUUCGUUUCUUGCAGAUACCUGUUCAAGAUUUGUUUCCAAAGGACCAAGACAUAAAUUGCCUAAUAACAUAACGAUGAGUUUUGACAGUGCUUUUGACAUUGAGCAGCGAAGUAGAUCUCAGAUAUAUCCACUGUUUUUGUUGAACCUAAACUGCCCGAUAUCUUUAUAUGAUUUGGCUUUGUUGGAGCCUUCAAAGACAUCUGUGGAAUCUAAGUUUGAACUUAUCUCCUGGUUUUUGCUUACCCAAUCAUUCCUGACCUGAAUAAGAGCAUGGGAGUCAAAAGAAGUACAUGCGAUGGGGAGUCAAAAGAAGGUAAACCAUUCCUGCCAUUUGUUCCUGACCUGAAUGACAGCUGAAUGUUUCUAGUGCAUAUUUCAGUUAAUUAGUUUCAUUUCUUUCACCCACUUUUCAAGAUUAUCUUAGAUUGCAUUCUUAUUAAUCAGGAAAGCACUAGAGAUUACAAUGUAUCAAAAGGUAUCAACUUACCUCCUUUAGGUUAGAGUUACUGAGUAUCUUUUCUCCUGAUUAAAGUAAUAAAAGAGAGAAAUAUAUUAAUGACUUUGAUCUUAGAGUAAGUAACUUAACUUGAACAUUUAACACUACCCUAAUGUUCUAACAGUUGUAGUAGAUAUCAUUAAUUAGAAUGAGGGGAUUAAGGAAAAGAAUGAGGAAGCGACAAAAUUCUCUUUUUUCUUUGAUGAGUGGAGGAAGUGCGAACACAUGUAAUCAGAGGACUGCUUUUGGUUCCUCUUAGUUUCCGACUGCAGACCAUGGACCAGUUCAAACUUGAGAACUGUUGCACUUUUUAGGAUCAACUGAUUAUAUUGUCUGAUUCUGUAGACAUUAUUAAUGACUGCAGUAUCUUUGCAUUUGUUAGUUUGCUCAUGGGCAACCAACCGACUACUGUCCCUUUCGUCAACUUGGAUGCUAAGUUAGGUUCGUGGAGUAGGAGUUGCUCCGAGGCAUGGCAUGGAUUACAUUGCCAUGGAAUCAACCUAGAACGUGCAGCACAGCGACUAAGAUCAGCCGUAUCCUAGUGUCGAAAGGUUUUUUGGACUCUGUUUUUCCAUUUUUUUGGACUCUGUUUUUCCAUCAUCUACAACAACAAAUUUUACCAUCGAAAUACACAAAACUUCAUCUGAAAAAGGGAAAGAUUCAAAGGCUCUCUAGGUCCUUGAGUUAUCGGGAACCCGAGGUUUAGUUUUCUUUUGAGUUUCGGUGUCGAUUCUCUGCUUCUCGAGUCGAGCCAGUCGUGGUGGAAGCUAGUCACAGUUGUCGUUCCGGUUCGCUGCCCAGAAAAAGGUAAACUCUCCUACUUAACUUUCUGUUUAAUUCCCAGCUUUUCUUUACUGCUUUUGUCUAGCUGUUCCUAAGGAUGAAUGCUUAAUCUUCGUAUGUUAAAAUUUGUUUGUAGCUAGAUAUUUUUCCAUUAUAUCUACUUAGUUUCUUUAUUAUAAGUUUUCUUUAUUUUAGCUUCCUUAAUUUAUUCUUGUUAAAAUGUUGAAGAUCUGAAGGCUUCGAAUCAUGAAUAGCCAUCUCGUUUCUGUUUUUGACAUGUCUUCUACCUAAUGAUUCCCGAAUUGGUCUCAAUAUCGACUUUAGCUACUGGCUUGUUGCUCUGCUGAUUUUAAAUCAACCUCGUUAAUGCUGCAGCCUGAGUUUUCUUUUUGGAUAUUCAUUUGAUGGAUGUUUUAGUUCAAAUCUGAAAUGGUGUUGCUAACUCUUUCCAUUUUGUAUUUUUCAAAUCAGCCAUUGUAUUGCACCUAUCUAGCUCAUCAGAUUCUCAUGGCUUACCGCUUUGUUAUAGUUUGAAUUUAUCUAAGUGCUAAUUCCGGUGAGUGAUUUUUACUACUUCUACUAUGCUGCUUUGCUAUCAUUUAUGUGAGCCUAUGGUUGGGCAUGUCAUUUGUUUGUCUCUAAAUUGGCCUAAUUUCCUCUUGUUCAUCCUUAGAGUUUAAAAUAGUAAUAUGGCAAAGAUGGCAUUAAGCUCCUCCCUGCUCUUGGGAUUUCCUAAAAAAUGAGAUUUAACUUAAAUUUCUACGCUACUAAAAUAAGUAAGUUUUAAACUUCUUGUGAUACUCGUGUUAUUAUCUUAGUGACGUGUUUAUUUGUUUGUUGUUGCUGCUCUAUAAGUUCUUAGCAACACGUUAUGAUAUGACAUAAUAACUUGAAUACGGCUAUAGCUACUGUUUUCCUUCUCCUUUGUUGAUUGUUGUGCCAUCGAGCUUGCCAUACUGUCAUUUUUAACUCAUGAUUCAGUGAAUACUCCACUAAUGUUUAAAAGGGAUCAUUUGGUUAUGGAGGAUUUUGUCCCAUUUAUGGGUAUAUUAUUUGAUAGUUCCAGAAUCUAGAAUUAAAUGCUAGCUUUGCUUAAUCAUGCCAUGCUUUUAAAUAUAAUCUGAGCUGCAAGAAUAGUUAGGAUGCAUUCUGGGUACAUUUAAAAUCAAGAUUGUGCCUCUAUUAUAAUUCUCAUCUUUAUUUUCUUCGUAUGAACUCUCCAUUUCGAGUUCAUUUUUGGGACUCUUCCGGGUUGGGUUGAAACCCAACAACUCUCGAGUCAGCCUCGUCCGGAAAUCAGAUAAAUGGAAGCUGAUAUACAAAGCAAAGGAAGCAAGCAUACAGAUCUUGGGAGCAAAAACGAGGCUGAAUACACAGCUAGUAUACAGAAACUAUACAAGAAUAUACACUUAUAUACAGUGUGUAUACAUCCAGUAUAUACAAAAUCAAAAUUGGGCCGAAGCCCAAUAUGCAGCAGCAGAAAGAGCCCAAAAAUCAGUUCAGACACACAUAACCCGAUUUUGGGUCCAAAAUAAUCCACUUUGGACAUUUUUUAAAUUUAGAUAUUUCUUUCUUUCUUUGUUUAAUUGUUAUUUGUCCAAUUCUAGCUUUAGCUUUGGUUUAAUUAUUUUUCAAAUGAUUUUCACUCAAUCAAUCCUUUUGGCUAA